UUUCUACUCACAGAAUUCUUAAGUGCUAUGUGUGUUUAAUAGCUACCAAAGUCAACUAGAAAUAGAAGCUUUGCAUGGUUAGAGUCUCCCUAGUAUCAUCGUAAACAUCUGUCUUAAACUCUACCAUGGGUUCUCCAGCAGCAUUUUUAGGUACUGUUAAAUGUGUUCUUCCUGUUCUUAGCCUAAAUUUGAAUAGAGAUUAACUGUCUUGGUUUGAAGUAGUUGGUGGUAUCUUAUUCUUAGUCUAAUUUUUUUCACUUUUUGAGCUCUCUAACAUUUUAAUGUUGGAUAGUGUGAUUCAAAAUGUUAGAUGUAAAAAAAAUAGCAAUAUGAUUGUGAAAAACUGAUAUUCUUAAGCAGUUGGUAGUAUUUACUGACUACAUUGUUGUGUACAAUAACACUUAGCUCUUUCUUUUUACAUUAUACUAUGAUUGAUUUGAUUUAUUUUAUGAAGUCUAUAGAAGGCCCCUUCCAUUGCUCCUUGUAUUGAUUUUCUAUCCUUUUUGGCCUCUGGAGUUGUGUAUAGAGAACUCCAAGUCACAUUUAAACUUAGCUCAGAAGGGUAAUGCACACAUCUCCCAGCUGCUUGUGAUAAACUUGGCUAGCAUUUUGCUCUGUUGGGAGAUGCAAGUUGAAUUAAUCACUAUGUGUGUGUCUAGUGUGUACAUCUUUUCUGCAUCAGAUUCUUCUGUUGCUUUCUUUGACAUAGUUAUUUGACUACUUUUUUUGGCAUCUGACAAAAUUUUAGAUGAUGACAAGGAGAAGGAAGGGAAAUUGAAUUUGAGGACAUUUUUUACAGGCUCAAAUUGAAGCCAAAAUCACAGUGGUAUGACAUUUGCAAUGCAUCAGAGCAUAGAGCAAUUGAGAAGGUUAUAUUGAAUGGCAUAACUGGAAUUGUGUGUCCAGGAGAAAUCCUAGCGAUGUUAGGACCCUCUGGUAGUGGUAAGACCACUCUUCUCAGUGCGUUGGGUGGAAGGCUCAACGGUAAAAUAUCUGGUAAAAUCCUCUUCAAUGGAGCACAAUUCAAUAAAUCCAUGAAAAGGAGAAUUGGGUUUGUUACACAAGAUGAUGUUUUGUAUCCCCAUCUAACUGUCAAAGAGACACUGGCCUAUACAGCUCUUCUCAGGCUGCCUAAAACUCUAUCAAAAAUGGACAAGAUAGAGCAGGCAGAGUCUGUGAUAGUAGAACUUGGGCUAACCAGAUGCAGGAACACCAUAAUUGGAGGACCUAUAGUUAGAGGAGUCUCUGGAGGUGAAAGAAAGAGAGUGAGUAUUGGUCAGGAGAUGCUUGUAAAUCCCAGCCUUCUGUUCUUAGAUGAACCCACUUCUGGUCUGGAUUCAACUACUGCCCAAAGGAUUAUAUCAACAUUGCUGGGACUUGCUAGGGGAGGCAGGACAAUAAUUACAACAAUACAUCAGCCCUCCAGUAGAUUAUAUCAUAUGUUCCACAAGAUCAUUUUGUUGUCAGAGGGUCACCCUAUUUACUAUGGCCAAGCUUCUGGAGCUAUGAGUUAUUUUUCUUCCAUUGGCUUCACACCAUCUUUUCCCAUGAACCCAGCUGACUUCAUGCUUGAUCUUGCCAAUGGGAUUGCACCGGAUCCAAGACCUGCACACAACUCUUCCAUAGAACAGGUAGAUCCAUAUGCUCGCAUGGAGCCUGAUCUCCAGAAGUCUGUAAAGCAAUCUGUAAUGGCAGCAUACUCUAAGAAUCUUGCUGCAACUCUCAAGGCAGAGGUCAAUAUCGGUCAGAAUACAGGCAGUAUAAAGCACAAAAGGUCCCUAGAUAGGAAUGAAUGGACAACAAGCUGGUGUCAUCAGUUCUCUGUGCUGCUUCAAAGAGGCUUGAAGGAGAGGAGACAUGAGUCAUUUGGGGGACUAAGGAUUUUCCAGGUUGUGUCUGUAUCCAUUUUCUCAGGCCUUCUUUGGUGGAAUUCUUCAACCUCUCGCAUUCAAGAUCAGGUGGGGCUGCUGUUUUUCUUCUCAAUAUUCUGGGGGUUUUUCCCCCUGUUCAAUGCCAUAUUCACUUUUCCACAAGAACGUUCAAUGCUGCUCAAGGAAAGGUCAUCAGGGAUGUACAGACUCUCCUCAUAUUUCAUGGCUAGAACAGUGGGUGACCUGCCAAUGGAGCUUGCACUCCCCACCAUCUUUGUCAUAAUCACCUACUGGAUGGGAGGCCUAAAGCCAGAUGCACAAACAUUCAUACUCACCCUUCUAGUCAUACUAUACAAUGUCCUGAUUUCCCAAGGCUUAGGCUUGGCGCUAGGAGCAGUACUCAUGAAUGUGAAGCAGGCUACAACCUUGGCCUCUGUUACAAUGCUGAUAUUCUUAUUAGCAGGUGGAUAUUAUGUGCAGAAGACUCCUCCAUUUAUUUCAUGGCUCAAGUAUGUGUCCUUCAGCUAUUACUGCUACAAGAUGCUAUUGGGUGUACAGUACAGCAAGGAUGAAAUGUAUGUAUGUGGCAAUGGUAUGAUAUGCAGGAUUGCUGAUUUUCCUGCCAUAAAACAUGUCGGGUUGGAUCAUUUACUGGUGGAUGUGGCUGCCUUGGCCAUCAUGUUUGUUGGUUACAGAUUGCUGGCAUACUGGUCACUGACAAGAGUUAAAACUAGGCCUUCUCUUUAACACCCACUUCAUCCAUCAGCUACAAUAUGCUUAAUGUAUUUUCUCCUUUCUUCUGACCUUAUUCCUUCAGAUAGAAGGAAAAUUUGAGAAAAAAUGCUUCUCCUAUCACUGUAAUUACUACAGAGCACUAAACUAUGGAAGCAGCCAGCCUCCCUUUGGCAAUCCUAAGGAGCAAGAAUGAACUCUCCAAAAAUUGAUUCUAUAUAACUAUUAUGACAUAAUCUGUUUUAACUUUCAACAAUAUGCAAGAAAAGUGUUUCCUUUUAAUAUGAAAUUUUCAGGGAAGUUAUGAA